AUGCUUCCCUCCCAGCUCAACGGCUCCCCGAAGCGUGCGAGUCUCUUUGCACGCCCUCCAACCUCUCAAGGAACCUCAUCACCACAACCAAGACCCAAAUCGGCUAUUCUCACACCAUCUAAUGGACUGGAAUCAGCGAGAGGUCAUUUGCGCAAUUCAUCAGUCUCACAGCUGUCGCCAGCAUUCUCACCGAGCGGGAACCGUGAACGAUCAAACUCAGCAAAGAAUAGCCCUUCUUCCGGUACAUUUGCGCCGAGUUUCAUCAAGUCAGAGGAGCUACGACGCGGGGCCGACCAGAUUCGUGGGCUAGAAGGAGACAAUGACUUUUCCGGAAACAAAUAUGUGUGGCUGCGAGACCCAGAGAAGGCAUUCGUGCGCGGGUUGGUACUUGAAGAAUUGGAAGGAGCGCGCUUGUUGGUGCAGAGCGAUGACGGCGAUCAACGGGAGAUAGACGCAGAUCAGGUGGAUAAGGUCAAUCCUGCCAAAUUCGACAAAGCAGAUGAUAUGGCAGAGUUGACCCAUCUAAAUGAGGCAUCUGUGGUGCACAACCUGCACACUAGAUACCAGUCAGAUCUGAUCUAUACGUAUUCGGGGCUUUUCCUAGUCACCAUCAACCCGUACUGUCCCCUGCCGAUCUACACCAAUGAAUACAUCAAGAUGUACAAAGGCCGCGGAAGAGAGGAAACCAGACCGCAUAUUUUUGCCAUGGCGGACGAGGCCUUCAGAAAUCUCGUCGAGGAAGGUCAGAAUCAAAGCAUUCUCGUGACUGGAGAGUCUGGUGCAGGUAAAACGGAGAACACCAAAAAGGUUAUUCAGUACCUCGCAGCUGUUGCCACUUCUGAUACACCGUACGCCCGAUCUGGCGCGAAGCAAAUUACCGGACUCUCGCAACAGAUCCUCCGAGCCAACCCAAUUCUCGAAGCCUUUGGAAAUGCCCAAACGGUCAGAAAUCACAACUCAUCUCGGUUUGGAAAAUUCAUUCGCAUCGAGUUCUCCAGAUCAGGGCAGAUUUCUGGAGCUUGGAUCGAUUGGUAUUUGCUCGAGAAAUCGAGGGUAGUCAAGCCCAACUCCAACGAGAGAAACUACCACGUUUUCUAUCAACUACUGCAAGGUGCUGAUCGGAAAAUUCGGGAGAAACUCUUGCUUGCAGAUCUUCAAAUCGAGGAUUUUGCCUAUACCAGGGAUGGAAAUGACACCAUUGUUGGCGUCUCUGACCAGGAAGAGUGGAACUCGUUGAUUGAAGCUUUCCAUGUCAUGAACUUUGACGAGCAAGAUCAAUUGUGUAUUCUGGGUACUAUCGCUGCCGUGUUACAUCUGGGUAACGUCGGCGUUGCGAAAGCGAGUGUUCGCGCAGACCAGGCAGCCUUGGCACCGGAGGGAUAUGCUAGUAUGGAGAAAGCCUGCCAACUUCUUGGUAUUGAGGCCGAGGCCUUCGCCAAGGGCCUCCUACAUCCCCGGGUGAAGGCUGGCCGAGAAUGGGUGGAAAAGGUGCAGACACCAGAACAGGUCCGCAUGGCUUUAGAUGCUCUUUCCAAGGGUAUCUAUGAGCGCGGGUUUGGCAACCUUGUUUCCAGGAUCAACGGCCAACUAGGUCGCUCUAUGGCUAGUGACGACAACUAUUUCAUUGGAGUUCUCGAUAUCGCCGGAUUCGAGAUCUUCGACAAUAAUAGCUUCGAACAACUCUGCAUCAACUACACGAACGAAAAGCUCCAGCAAUUCUUCAAUCACCACAUGUUUGUCUUGGAACAAGAGGAGUAUGCCCGGGAGCAGAUUGAGUGGCAAUUCAUCGAUUUCGGUAAAGACUUGCAGCCAACGAUUGACCUGAUAGAAAUGACCAACCCGAUUGGUAUUUUCUCUUGUCUUGAUGAGGACUGUGUAAUGCCGAAGGCCACGGACAAGUCCUUCACGGAAAAGCUCCAUGGACUUUGGGACCGAAAGACACCGAAGUACCGUGCAUCUCGACUUAGCCAGGGAUUCAUUCUAACUCACUAUGCCGCCGACGUUGAGUACACAACGAGCGAUUGGCUUGAAAAGAACAAGGAUCCCCUCAAUGAUAAUAUUACGCGCCUUCUCGCUGAUUCAAAAGCACCACAUGUCGCCCAAUUGUUUGCGGACUGCGCUGACUCUGAGGAGGAUGGUGACAAUCAACCCAGGAGCCGCGUGAAGAAGGGCCUAUUCCGGACUGUUGCCCAAAGACACAAGGAACAUUUAUCUAGCUUGAUGGCUCAGCUCCACUCGACUCACCCUCACUUCGUGCGUUGCAUUCUACCGAACCACAAGAAGCGACCAAAGAUGCUUCAUGCCCCGUUGGUUCUUGACCAGCUACGAUGCAACGGUGUCCUAGAAGGUAUUCGAAUUGCACGAACCGGGUUCCCUAAUCGUCUACCGUUUGCCGAGUUCAAACAACGGUAUGAGGUUCUGUGCCAACAUAUGCCAAAGGGCUACCUGGAAGGCCAGAGCGUUGCUCGUACCAUGCUGGAGAAGCUGGGCAUGGAUCGGGCUUGGUACCGGGUUGGCCGCACGAAAGUGUUCUUCAGAGCCGGUGUUCUCGCUGAUCUCGAAGAGAAGCGUGACCAACUCAUCCGAACGAUCAUGACCAAGUUCCAGUCUGUCGCAAGAGGAUUUGUGCAGCGCCGCAUUUCAAACAAGCGUCUUUACCGCGCCGAGGCUACCCGAAUUAUACAACAGAACUUCCAUUCUUAUCUUGAAUUGAAGGCAAAUCCUUGGUGGCGCAUGUUCUCCAGAAUGAAGCCUCUACUGGGAGACACCAGAAAUGCGAAGGAAGUUAAGAAGCGAGACGACAAAAUCCAACAACUUGAACUGAAGAUGAAACAAGAUCUUGCAGAUCGCCAAAAGCUUGACGAGGAACGACGUCGUACGGAGCUUGAAAUACAGAAGAUACAGCGCACCUUGGAGAGCGAGCGGGCACUUGCUUUAGACAAGGAAGAAAUUUUCAAGCGCCUGCAAGAUCGAGAAGCCGAGCUUACUGAGAAGCUUGCAGGUGCGCUUAACGACCAGGAAAGCCUCGAAGAACAACUGGACGACUUGAUUGACGCGAAGAAAAAAAUCGACGAUCAGCUCCAGCUUCGAAUCACGCAGCUUGAACAGGCAGGACUAAUUAUCCAAAAACUCGAAUCUGACAAUAAAAGCUUGCACUCCCAACUAAAGGAGAUCGAUGAUAAGCUUUCUAAGACCGAGACUCAGCUCUCCGGGAAAAAUGGAGAAAUGCAAGAAAUGGACCAGGAGAUCAAGAUGCUCCAAAGUCAUCUCAGUUUGAAAGAUCGAAAACUCCAAGAUCUCGAAGCCAAGUUGCUGAAAACUGAUCAGGAUCUCGACGUCAAGCUAUCAAACACUUCCAAGGAGCUGGAAAAGUCUAAAAAACAAGUUCGAGACAUGUCUGAGGAAAAUCAAUCAAUCCGUGACCAGAUGUCCGAGUUGUCAGCGACCUCAACAAGCUACGAAGAACUUCUGCGUCGCAAGGAGAGCGAGAUGGCGGUCCUUCGAAACGACGUCAGCAAGUACGAGGAAGAAAGAGCAAUUCUUGAAGAAGAAAAGUCCUCUCUUUCCACUCGCCACGACAACAUGCAAAACCGGCUCCGCGAGGUACAGGCAGACAGGGAUGCCAUGCGCUCUGAACAAACGCAACUUUUAAGCGAAGCUGCUGAUCUCAAGAGCUUGCUCGAAGAAAAGAGAUCCGAGGAUGCCGAGGCUGGAGAGAGCAGAAAACUCCUGGAGAAGCAAGUGAAUGAACUGAAGAGCCAGCUCUUCAAAGCUGAAGCCGAUCUCAGCCGAGAGCGCCAAUCCCGCGAUGAUGUUCAAAUGCUUUCUGAACACAACCUUGCACAGUUGACCCAGAAGUACGAUACGUUGAAUGAGGCAAAAAUCACCAUCGAAAAGGAAAUGUAUAUCCAACAAGACAGCUUGCGUCGCGCUACUGAGGCACGGGUUGCCGCUGAGACCACGCGCAAAGAAUUGCAAAACGAGCUCAUUAAACUUCGCGAAAGAUUCACUGACGCUGAAACUGCGCGCAUGAACGCUGAGGCCGAGAUUGAACGAAAGAUCAUGCAGCAGGCGGAAGAGCGCAUGGCAAGCGCACGCAAGGAUCUUGACGAGAAAGCACGCCAACUCGAAGAAGUCGAAUCCGAGCGAUCCCAGCUCUCCGAGCGAAUUAAAGAACUCAUGCACUCCAUCUCCGAAUCUGAUAACUUCCGCUUGCGUCAUGAUCAACAUAAGGAACGCCUCGAGCGAGAGCUUGUGACUCUCAGGGGCAGACUGACUGCCUCCGAAAAUGACAACAAGUCUCUUUUGACCAAGAUCCAACAAAAGAAUCUUGACAUCGCCCGGUCGACCUCCAAGGCCAGCGACAGCAACAGACUUCGACUUACCAAUCUUCAAAAGGAGAAAGCUCGAAUGGAUGAAGAGACCAAGAAAUUGAAUCGCCAAUUGGAAGACUCCCAGGUCAUGAUCACGUCCUUGGAGAAGCAAAAGGAAAAGUUGUCGCUAAGUUUGGAGGAUCUCAACCACGAGGUCAACCGCGAACACAAGACAAGUCGGAAUGCCGAAAAGGCAGCUUCCACUGCCAAUUUGCAAUUAGCUGAGGCCAAUCGCAAGCUGGAAACCGAACGACAACUUCGUAACCAGGCUCAAGCCAAUACCCGGCAGAUCCAAGGGACUCUGGAUACGGCAAACAAAGAGAUCGAGGACUUGCACCGCCAAUUGAUCUUGCUGCACAAGGUCUUUGAGCCGGAAGCUUCCGAGCCAACACAGUCCUGGGAAGCUGUCCAGCCACACCUCUCCAAACAGGUUGACCUGGCUCAAGUACUUGAAACCGUCCAGAAUAAGCUUGGGGUCACCGAGGAAAAGUACGCCAGGGCUGAGAGCCAGCUUGCUGAAAUGCGCCGACGCCACGCGGAUGAGAUGAAGGAGCUCGACGCCAAGUAUUCAUCCUCCAAGCGAGCGUUACUCGAGGAAAUUGACCAGAACGAGGUGGCUAACAGCCGUACCCCCGCUCACUUCAGAAAGAACUCCGAGAACGCGGCUAAGAGAUAUUCUAACCCAACGACGCCCAAUCGACGCUACAACGUGUUUGAAGGAGCGAACGAUUCUGCACGCUCAGACAGAACCGUUGAUACACAGGGAUACCAACGGCGUAUGGAUGCCGCCGCAGAAUUGGAAGAGCUUCAGAACAAGCUUCAACUGACCGAAAUGCAAAACAAGCACCUGCAAAGUCAGGUUGCUCGGUCAAUGCCCACUGGGGACAUCUGGCAGGAUGACAGUCCUUCGAUUCGUCGUAUGCAGCUGCUCGAGCGGGAGAACGGUCGUCUCCACGACCAACUAGAUGACUCUUCCAAGAAAGUCUCAUCCCUCGAGCGUAGCAUUCGAUCGGGUGAGCUAUCCCUGCGUGACGUCCAGGCCAAAUCGCACGAGGAACUCUACGACCUCAUCAACUCACAGGAACAGUCGAGGCGUUCUCUUCUCAAGCUUCACACUGAGACUAUGGGUGAGUUCGGUGAUGCCAAAGCCCAGUUCGAAAAACUUAAGCGUGCUCGGGCGACGCUGGAGGUUGAGCUUCGGGAUGCCCGCUCUGAGAAUCAAGAGCUGCAAGUUGGCAGAGAGCAAGAUACAGUCAGCCGUAACCAGCUUCUGCAAGAAUUCUCCGACCUUCAGAUUCGCUUAGAUGCUGAGUCAUCGCGGUCAGCGGAUUUGGAGUCAAGCUUGAUGCUGUACAAGAGUCGCUCGGACGAGUACUUCAACAAACUCGAACAAGCUGAAAUUGCAGUCAUGAAGGCUGCACGCGCCGAGCAGUUUGCCAAGUCCCAGAGCCAAGAAGCUGAAGAGACCUGUGCCCAGAUCAUGUCUGAACGCAAGGAAAUGGAUGCCCUCGUCGAGGACCUGCAGCGUCAUUCGCAGUCCCUCGAAGCCCGAAUGGAGGACUCAGCCGCGGAAUUACAGGGUGCUUUGCAGGCCAAACAACGCCUGCAGAACGAGCUCGAAGACUAUCGCAACCAGCGUGCGAUCGAUUUAGAGGACAAGGAAACUUCAAUGGAACAGACCAGACAGAAAUACCAAAGGGAAUUCUCUACCCUCACCAACGAGCUCGAAAUGGAGCGCGAGCGUGUGCUCAAUGGUCGCGCAGAGACCUCUCGUCUCCGUGAGGAGCUUGAGGACCUUCGCAGCAAAUGGGACGACGAAGUUCUCAACAGCUCAACGUGGGCCAAAGAAAAGUCCCGCAUGGAAGUUGUCUUGCAGGAUGUCAAUAACUCUCGUGACGAAGCUGUAAAUGCCCACAAUGAGGCCCAGAGCAAGGUUGUUUCGCUUUUGUCUCAGGUCCGCACCCUUCGUACCUCAAUUGAGGAUGUUCAAGCGGAGCGCGAUCUGCUACUGAAGGAUAAAAAGAUGCUGGAAGGUCGAUUGGCCGAAGCUGGCGAGCGACUUGAAGACCUCGCCAAGGGAGAGAGUCCAUCUAUGCGCAAUGCCGCCAGUAUGGAUCGCGAGCUUCUCGAACUCAAGUCAAGAAUUGCACAGCAAGAAGAUGUCUCUGCUGCUGCUGUUGGCAAGAUGCGCCGGGCAGAUGCUCUGGCAACGGAGAUGCAGAAGGAGAUCACUGCUGAACGGGAGGCCAAUGCUCAACUAUUCAAAGACAAGGCUGCUGUUGAGAAGCAGCUGAAGGAGGCCCAACUUCGGUGUGUCGAUCUUGAGACUAAGAGUUAUUCUUCUGGUAGCCAAGAUGUUCGCUUCCUUCACAAGCGAAUCAAGGAGCUCGAAACCCAUCUGGAAGACCAGGAAAGCAAGCACAGCUCCGAGCAGCGCUCGCUUCGCAAUGUUGACCGCACCGUCAAGGAUCUCCAAUCCCAGAUCGAUCGCCGCGAUAAAAUGAACGCACAGCUCACUGACGACGUGAACCGUGCCCGGGACAAGAUUGAACGCCUCCUUCGUAACAUUGAGGAGAUUCAACAUAAUGACUCAAACGCCCAGCUCCUGGCUCGUCGUGCUGAGCGCGAACUCCGUGAAGAACGCGAGAAAGCACUACGCCUAGAACGCGAGCUGGAGGGCUGGAAGGGCCUCCGCGGUGAGCGAGGCAGUACUAUUGGGCGCUCCCCGGCGCACAAUUUCAGCGAUACCGGAAGCCGUCGUGGGAGUGCUGUCUAUGGAUCUAAUGACAUUCCCCAACGGCAUCCUAGUAAUACCAAGGGGUUCUUGUGA